CCGAGGCGAGCGGGUGGGGAGGCGUCCGAGCCGAGCGGCGACUGCGGCUGUCACUGCGCCCCGGGCAUCCCGAGGGCUCCCCGAGUGGCCGCGCCCGGCCCUGCGGCGGCGGCCCGGGCAGCCCCAGCCGCCGGCCCCCCGCGCAGCGCCCGUGCAGCCUCACGCCCCGAGCGGUCGUUCGUGAUUGAGCACAAAGCACGUUUCCCCGAAGCGGCGCACGGGCGAGCCCCCGCGCCGCGCUCUCGCGCACGCACCCCCUCUUCCCCUUUGUUUCGGGGGUCGGCAGGCUCUCCUCCCCAAGUCUGACUUCUUCGCGGGGGGCGGAGGCCCGCCGAGUCCAGGCCGUGAAGAUGCCCCUGGAGCUGACACAGAGCCGGGUGCAGAAGAUCUGGAUCCCCGUCGACCACCGCCCCUCGCUGCCCAGAUCCUGUGGGCCGAAGCUGACCAACUCCCCCACCGUGAUCGUCAUGGUGGGGCUCCCGGCCCGGGGCAAGACGUACAUCUCAAAGAAGCUGACUCGCUACCUCAACUGGAUUGGCGUCCCCACAAAAGUGUUCAACGUCGGCGAGUACCGCCGCGAGGCCGUCAGACAGUACAGCUCCUACAGCUUCUUCCGCCCCGACAACGAGGAAGCCAUGAAAGUCCGCAAGCAGUGUGCCCUGGCCGCCCUGAGAGAUGUCAACAGCUACCUGACGAAGGAAGGGGGCCAAAUUGCCGUGUUCGAUGCCACCAAUACCACCAGGGAGAGGAGACACAUGAUCCUUCAUUUUGCCAAAGAAAAUGACUUCAAGGUGUUUUUCAUUGAGUCCGUGUGCGAUGACCCGAUGGUUGUGGCCUCCAACAUCAUGGAAGUUAAAAUCUCCAGCCCGGAUUACAAAGAUUGCAACUCAGCAGAAGCCAUGGACGACUUCAUGAAGAGAAUCAGUUGCUACGAAGCCAGCUAUCAGCCCCUCGAUCCCGAUAAAUGUGACAGGGACCUGUCCCUGAUCAAGGUGAUCGACGUGGGCCGGAGGUUCUUGGUGAACAGGGUUCAGGACCACAUUCAGAGCCGCAUCGUGUACUACCUGAUGAACAUCCACGUGCAGCCCCGCACCAUCUACCUGUGUCGGCACGGCGAGAGCGAGCACAACCUCCAGGGGAAGAUCGGAGGGGACUCGGGUCUGUCUAGCAGGGGCCGGAAGUUUGCCAACGCCCUGAGCAAGUUUGUGGAGGAGCAGAACUUGAAGGACCUCAGGGUGUGGACCAGCCAGCUGAAGAGCACCAUCCAGACGGCGGAAGCCCUGCGUCUGCCCUACGAGCAGUGGAAGGCGCUCAACGAGAUCGAUGCCGGGGUCUGUGAGGAGAUGACAUACGAGGAGAUCAAGGACACGUACCCCGAGGAGUACGCUCUGCGGGAGCAAGACAAGUACUACUACCGCUACCCCACCGGGGAGUCGUACCAGGACCUGGUGCAGCGCCUGGAGCCCGUGAUCAUGGAGCUGGAGCGGCAGGAGAACGUGCUGGUCAUCUGCCACCAGGCCGUCCUGCGUUGCCUCCUCGCCUACUUCCUGGAUAAGAGCGCAGAGGAGAUGCCGUACCUGAAAUGCCCCCUUCACACCGUCCUGAAACUGACCCCCGUCGCUUACGGCUGCCGUGUGGAGUCCAUCUACCUGAACGUGGAGUCCGUGAGCACACACCGCGAGAGGUCAGAGGAUGCAAAGAAGGGACCUAACCCGCUCAUGAGACGCAAUAGUGUCACCCCACUAGCCAGCCCCGAGCCCACCAAAAAGGCUCGCAUCAACAGCUUUGAGGAGCAUGUGGCUUCUACCUCCGCUGCUCUGCCCAACUGCCUGUCCCCGGAGGUGCCCACGCAGCUGCCUGGACAAAACAUGAAAAGCACCCAGACCGGCAUCGACUCCAGGACCCACUGAGGCAGACCCUCGGCUCCUGCCAGCUCUGUUCCUGCAGCUUCUACGUAGUGCUUUUCCAUCUGCCCAAGGCCAGCCAUCCCCAGGACGUCUUCUGGAACAGGGCGGGUGAGGCAGAAGAGGGGCCUGCCCGACAGAGCGCCAUGCCCCCGGGAGGCCCUCACCGAGUGUGGACCCCACCCCACGCCCCCCCGGCCUCGUUGACCCCCCCACCCCAAGGCUCGGAAAGGAAAGUGAGCAGUGGAAGAGGUGAGAGAGGGCCCCGAGGAGGGAUGUUGGCCUCCAGGCUGUGCCAUUCUGUUGAGUUUCUGGGAUCCUGACCUGGUACGUUCCAAGCACGGGGAGAGGACCCUGGCCCCGGAAUCCUAAAACCGAAGGGGGCCUAGUUGCUGAAGAAGAAGGGAUGUUGAAGACUGUCACAAGGCUCUUCCGUUGCCUCUUGAGGGCAGGACCCUGGCACGUGCUGGGCUGGGGCCGGUCCCGGAGGAGGAGGUGGGUGAGGGCUCUGAGCAGGACUCACCUGUCACAAGCAGCCGCCAUAUGGCGUCUACACAGCUUCCAGCCUCCGAGGACGCUAACUAACGCACAGUGUGGCGGUGCGGGCAGAAGGAAAUCUCUGCAGGAACAGCCCCGGGGCUUCACCCCUGCUGCAGCUCUGCUGUCUCUGCCCUCCUGCCCGUCCGAAGGCCGCCUUCCGGCACCCCCGCCGCCCCCACCCCCACCACCCCCCUGGCCACGGGAGUGGCUUGCUUUUGCACUUUUUAAAUGGCAGAAGGCGGGGCCUGAAAGUUGUACCUCCUCUUGAAGAACUCAGAUGUUUGGGGUUUGUGCCCUUGGGGGCUGGGGCUCGGAAAGAACGUGGUGAGUCAGGCGUGCCCGUGAGAUGGGGAGCUCGGAGGGACCCCAGGAAACCAGCUUGAAAGCAAGUCGCUCAGAUCAUGGCCAGGCUGACCCGGGGGGUGCCACAGAGGCGAUCAAGGGUCACCUCCUUCCUCCAGGAUGUCCACCGCCUCCGUGUGCUUCCCAGGUGGGGACCGUGGCCCCGCGGAGACCUUGCUUGAGGCCACGCCCUCCAAGAGGCUGUCCGUGGUCUCCCAGCAGGACUGAGCUCAGUCCACUGAGCUCUCCACGUCCUGGGAAGAGGCGGUGGCUCGAGUCUCAGACGAAACGAUUUGGAGAUUCCAUGGCAGGAUUUGUCCACAUGACCCUUUGAAGGAUCUCUCAAAGCUGGUGCCAGAGGUCACUUCCCCUUGCUCGCCCUCUGCUUUCGAGCCCGACGGUCUCGCCCCCUCUUGUCUUAUGAGACCGGUACCAGGAGCGCCGUUGUGGGGGCUUGGACACCCAGAGAGGGCGCCGGACCACACGUGUUCUCUGGUUGGGGUUCAGUGGGAAACUGGGACAUGCUGUGGAUGCCCUACAGUCAAGUUCAUGGGUUUCACAACGAAACAUUCAAAUCCCACCCCGCCCCCACCCUUCCCCAACCGGGCACCGUGCCCGAGGAUGUCUGUGCAUCUCUGUUUCUGUGUCACCAAAGAAGGGCUCUCCUCCCUUCCCUGCCUUCUGAGUCUCGUCAGACGGCGAGCGUGCCCGGGCACAAGCGUGUGCUUGUACGUUGGCCUUUAGCAGCCCCGCUCUCGCGAAUGGCUUCCUUACGUCCCGCUCUCCGGCCCCCUUUUCACGGCGGUUGUCGGAGCCCUGGCUGGCUUUGACCCUUAACCACCGAUGCACGUGGGGCCGCGUGUGGGGGCACCGCCCGCCUCCGGCUGCUGAGGUCACUAGGGAAGCGAGCGUUCUGCGCAUGCCUCGAGGGGGUGACCGAGCAUGACCGCGGCCGAGGAGAGAGACCUCAGAGGGUGUGGAACACUGCCCAGCUGAAAGCCGCGAUCCCACUUGGGGCGCCAGAUGGACGGCGUAUUUGACCCGCAUUCACGGGGCUCCUGCCACCCUGACUGUUGCCUCUCACCCCCCGAGACCCCCUGAAAACUACCUGGGACCAAUUUUGUUAACUUGGCUGUUUGUGGGUGGGUUUACCCUUCUCCUCACUCUGUCCGGAGACCGUGGGCAAAGCCCAUCGUUGGUGGGGAGAAGAGAAAUGGCCACACCGACGACCUUUUUUGUUUGUAAUACUUGAAAUUUAUUUUUUUAUUAUUUUGAUAGCAGAUGUGCUAUUUAUUUAUUUAAUAUGUAUGAGGGAGCCUGAAAAUAGAAAGCUGUUUAGGUCGGAUGUAGUUGUUCGGUGGUUGGUUUUGGGGGGGCCUUUCACGUGUGACUUGUGACUUCUCUGUGUUCUGUACAGUUGUCUGAAUUAAUGACCUGGGAUAAGGCUGUGCCAGCUUUCAAACAGGGGAUGCUUUUCAGAAAUUUGUAUAUUUUGCAGUUGCCAGAAUAAAAUACCUGGUUGAAAUACGCUGA